CCGUAACCGGGCCAGUAACGGAGAAAGUUUCCGACGAGACUGGCCUGUGCUAGAGCGUGCGGCCUCCGGCCCUCGACUCCCCUGGAGUCCCGCCUCCCCGCUCCGAGUCGCAGGCUCAGCCGCAAGGGCCCUCCCUUUACCGUGCUGGCCCCAGCGCCGACUCCGAGGGUUGAGAGAGUUGGUAGCAGCGGCCGAGUCAGAUCACUACAAACAAAUUCCACCAGAGAAAAUGCUGAAGUAGGAGUUACAGAAACAUUGGAUUUGCUGGAUGAAAUACAAGCAGUUAAUUUUUGUAACGUGGGGAGAAAGCCCAGAUUGACAGAUUAAUGUGUAAAUCACUGCGUUAUUGCUUUAGUCAUUGUCUCUAUUUAGCAAUGACAAGACUUGAAGAAGUAAACAGAGAAGUGAACAUGCAUUCUUCAGUGCGUUAUCUUGGCUAUUUAGCCAGAAUUAAUCUACUGGUUGCUAUAUGCUUAGGUCUUUAUGUAAGAUGGGAAAAAACAGCAAAUUCCUUAAUUUUGGUAAUUUUUAUUCUUGGUCUUUUUGUUCUUGGAAUUGCCAGCAUACUCUAUUAUUAUUUUUCAAUGGAAGCAGCAAGUUUAAGUCUAUCCAAUCUUUGGUUUGGAUUCUUGCUUGGCCUCCUGUGUUUUCUUGAUAAUUCAUCCUUUAAAAAUGAUGUGAAAGAAGAAUCAACCAAAUAUUUGCUUCUAACUUCCAUAGUAUUAAGGAUACUAUGCUCUUUGGUGGAGAGAAUUUCUGGUUAUGUCCGUCAUCGACCCACCUUACUAACCACAGUUGAAUUUCUGGAACUUGUUGGAUUUGCCAUUGCCAGCACAACUAUGUUGGUGGAAAAGUCUCUGAGUGUCAUUUUACUUGUUGUAGCUUUGGCCAUGCUGAUUAUUGACCUGAGAAUGAAGUCUUUUCUAGCUAUUCCAAACUUAGUUAUUUUUGCAGUCUUGCUGUUUUUCUCCGCAUUGGAAACUCCCCAAAAUCCAGUUGCUUUUGCAUGUUUUUUUAUUUGCCUGAUAACUGAUCCUUUCCUUGACAUUUAUUUUAGUGGACUUUCAGUGACUGAAAGGUGGAAACCCUAUUUGUACCGUGGAAGAAUUUGCAGAAGACUUUCUGUUGUUUUCACUGGGAUGAUUGAGCUUACAUUUUUCAUUCUUUCAGCAUUUAAACUUAGAGACACUCAUCUCUGGUAUUUUGUAAUACCAGGCUUUUCCAUUUUUGGAAUAUUCUGGAUGAUUUGCCAUAUUAUUUUUCUUUUAACUCUUUGGGGAUUCCAUUCCAAAUUAAAUGACUGCCAUAAAGUAUAUUUUACUCACAGGGUAGAUAACAAUAACCUAGAUCGAAUCAUGGCAUCCAAAGGGAUGCGCCACUUUUGCUUAAUUUCAGAGCAGUUAGUUUUUUUUAGUCUUCUUGCAACAGCAAUUUUGGGAGCAGUUUCCUGGCAGCCAACAAAUGGAAUCUUCUUGAGCAUGUUUCUGAUUGUUUUGCCAUUGGAAUCUAUGGCUCAUGGCCUCUUCCAUGAAUUGGGUAACUGUUUAGGAGGAACAUCUGUUGGAUAUGCUAUUGUGAUUCCCACCAACUUCUGCAGUCCUGAUGGUCAGCCAACACUUCUUCCACCAGAACACGUACAGGAGUUAAAUUUGAGGUCUACUGGCAUGCUCAAUGCUAUCCAAAGGUUUUUUGCAUAUCACAUGAUUGAGACCUAUGGAUGUGACUAUUCUACAAGUGGCCUGUCCUUUGAUACUCUACAUUCCAAACUGAAAGCUUUCCUUGAACUUCGGACUGUGGAUGGACCUAGACAUGAUACGUAUGUUUUGUAUUACAGUGGGCACACCCAUGGUACAGGAGAGUGGGCUCUUGCAGGUGGAGACAUACUACGCCUUGACACACUUUUAGAAUGGUGGCGAGAAAAGAAUGGUUCCUUCUGUUCCCGACUUAUUAUCAUAUUAGACAGUGAGAAUUCAACCCCCUGGGUGAAAGAAGUGAGAAAAGUCAAUGACCAGUAUAUUGCAGUGCAAGGAGCAGAGAUGACAAAAACAAUAGAUAUUGAAGAAGCUGACCCACCGCAGCUGGGUGACUUUACAAAAGACUGGGUAGAAUAUAACUGCAACUCCACUAAUAACAUCUGCUGGACUGAAAAGGGACGCACAGUGAAAGCAGUGUAUGGCGUGUCAAAACGGUGGAGUGACUACACUCUGCAUUUGCCAACGGGAAGCGAUGUGGCCAAGCACUGGAUGUUGUACUUUCCUCGUAUUACAUAUCCACUAGUGCAUUUGGCAAAUUGGUUGUGUGGUCUGAACCUUUUUUGGAUCUGCAAAACUUGUUUUAGGUGCUUGAAAAGAUUAAAAAUGAAUUGGUUUCUUCCUACCGUGCUGGACACAGGACAAGGCUUCAAACUUGUCAAAUCUUAAUUUGGAACCCAAAGUGGAAUAUUGUUGGGAGUUCAUUCUACCAGUUAUCACUAACUUGCCAUUUUUUGCAUAUUGUAUUUUUAUUUGUAAAAAAUAUCUUGUUACUUCUGUAGCUGCUCUCAUUUUGUCUUUUCUCCAGUAAUUAUGGUAUAUGUAAGGUGUUGGGAAUAAGCACUAUUUUAUACUAAAAAUAUGUAGGGAGUCACAAAUGUUGACUUUGUAAAUGCAUAAGAGAUGUUAAAAAUAAUAACAAUGCACUUUGAGGAAUGUUUGCAUAUGCCUCUGAUUAGAAAGAAGACACUCUGCUCUGCAGUGGCCAAUGAAGAAUCACUAAUGCCUUAUUUUCUAGGCAUAGAUUAAAGAAUGUAAACCAGACAAAUUGUUUACUAUUAUAAGAAAACUACCAAUUUGCUUACAGAAGAUUAAUUUUUGUGAACGGUAGGUUUGAGUUCAAGGCCAUUUGAAGAAUUACAAGCUCUCUCUCAGAAAAGGGAAAAGGAAGAAGUCUGCUUAAAAUGAAUGCAAAAUUUGCUUAUAGUCCAUCACGUUUAGUUACUUGGCUAUGACCUGUUAUCGGUAUCACAGAGAAGCCCAAAUCACUGUUUAGGUCAAGACAUUCUUCAUAUAGGUAACUGUAAGAAGCUAGAGCCUACAAAUUGCUCCUUCAUGCAGUGUUAGGGGCCUAUGAAAGCACUGGCAGUUUUAAGGGUCUUUCUCAGGGUAACAGUGUUUUCUUAAUGAACAAUGUUUCCAGCUGCAAAUUCCUUCCAAAUAAAUUGUCUUCCCUUUCAAAAAGUAAUCUUAAGAAAUUUAGCCAUUUGUCAUUGAUUUAGGCUAUUUUCAGUACUGAGAAAUGAUUUUGAUCUUUAUAGAGUUAAUGCUCUGUCAUGAAAACUAUUUUUCAGAUCCCCAUUAGUGGUAACACUUCUUUCUACUGAAGGUCAAAGGAUUGGAAACAGGUGAUUUUUCUUCAUGUAUACAUAUAAUGUAUUAUGUAAAAAAGUAUUCAUAUUGGCAAUUUUACUUAAGCAUAAUGGUGUGGUUGUAAUUUUUAAAACUUAAUUCAGUGUUUUCUCGGAUUAAAGCAGGCAUGGAUCAGGGUAUCUCCUAAGAGGUAAUUUACCUCCUGUUCCCUUCCAAUAAUCCUUACAUUCUAAGUUUUCAUCUCUGAGAAAUAACAAGAAGGGAAUAGAAUUAAAUUGGGGGAUAAUCUAAUCUUUGUUGUUUAAAUGGUGUGACGUCUCACCAUUAAAGCCGUUUUUUCCAGCCUCAGAGAGAGUAAAUAAUGCCUCUACCAUCUUCUACCUGGUGACUUGAAGUUUUAGUUAGGAAGAAGUCACUUAGCGUCAGGGAACUUGUAUACCACUAUCUAUGCAGCGUUGUUAUAUAGAGUCUGAUUAUUUCUGCGUUUUGAGUAUGAUUUUCCUAAUGUUCUGAAUAAAAUUUUGUCAAAAAAUUAAUUUUUCACAUAAUGUGCAAAUAACAGUUAUUGAAUGUUUUAGUGUAUUAAGAGAGAGAGUCAUAAAAAAUGUCCAAGUAUUAGAGCUCAUGGUUAGUAGCAGGUUGAUUUAAAAUUUUCCAAUAUUUGGUUACAUAUUUAUAUAAACAUCAUCCAAAUGAAAUAGUAUAUAGUGUUUCAUUACUAUUCAAAAAUAGUGUAGCAGACAAGCCAAGUGUUAAAAUUAUGAGCUUACAGCUAAAAAACAGUUUAAUUAACGUUAAGUAAAAUCAUCUUUUAAAUUCUGAGCCAGUAUUAAGCCAACUAGCUUUAACUAAAGUGUAUCUCUUUACUCUGAGAAAGCCAAACGUAAAAGUAUAUCCUGCAUUCUUUAUAAAGUGAUACUAAGAUUUUACUAAAAAUCACAUUCAAAAGGUAGCAGACAUUUUUACAGCCACAAAGCUAAUAUUUUGAUAAAUAUUUUCUAUAAAGUACAACCAAAAAAGGUCUGGGCUAAAAAUGUGACUUGAGCCUAUUUAUUAAGUUUGAUGAAUUCUCCUACCCAUACAAAUAAGACACUAUAAAUGACUCUUAGGAGAUGGCAUCCUAAAUUAAAGAUGCCUAUUUAAAAACAUUCAAGUAUGAAAAAUGAUAGUAUGGAGAAGGAAUAUUACAGGAAGGCUAAAUUGAUUGGUUAUUUUUACCUAAAGAUUAAAAAACAGACCUGACAAUGAGACUAAUUUUCUUAUGGCUUCCAUUUUAUAUAUCAUGUUUAGGAAGGAGUUACUUGAAGUGAUAGAAUUUAUGUUAGGGCAAAAUUUCACCAUUCCACUAAAAAGAGAUAACAUGGAGAUGUUUUUCAACAUAAUGUUGACUUAAUUUGUUUCCUUUUAUGAUACCUUGCUAAAACCAUAAAAGACUCCCCUCUAAAAACAUCUUUUUCAAAUGUAUACACUGUUAUGUGAUAAAUUAAGGAGUCAAGUUCUUUUUCUCAUAAUUUUUUAGUUAUGCUAUUAUUUCAUUCAAAAGUUUAAUUUGCUCUGACUAAACUCUUGGGAUAUUUGGAUUUAUCUUUGCAUAGCUUUCUAUCUCACUCUUCUUAAUAAAUAUGAAAUUCUAUAGACAAGACCUUUUUCAGAAAACCAUUUUUAUGAACACUUUUCAUAAAUUACAUACUUUUUAAAAGUUACAUUGCUAAUUCAAAUGCAUUUAUAUUUAAUGCAUUAGUGGGUAGAAUUUUUUUGGAGUAAAAUCUUCACUAAAGUCUAUUUGUAACUGUACAUUUUGUUUGUAAAUUUUGGCUUGAAUAUAUUUGCUGUUUUGGAUACUGCAUUUUUUAUAGGUAUCCUUUCACAUUUAGAGCAUAGCCUCUUUCAAAAUAAUGUUCUACAUUACCUUUCCACAGGUGAUGUGAUAGUUAAUAUUAUGUAUGCCAAAAGAAAAUGGCUUAAUUUUAAGCAUGUGAUUAAGUAUAUUUGAUAGUAAGUGCUCAAAGGAGUUAGAUCUGUCAGUACUUUUGAACAUCUCCUCUGUUGGGAAGUAACUAGACUGUCAUCUCUUUUCAGGCAGAGGCUUGCACAUCUUGGUAUUUCUGGUACACAAUUACCCAGAAGAGUGCCUUGCCUGUAAUUCUUAUUAUUUAAAAAAUAUUUUUGACUGAGUGAAUGAAUUUAGACUCCUAAUGAGAAAUUGGAAUAACUUGAUUGUAAAUUAUUACAUUUUCUUGACAGUUUUACCUUAAGUGGAUAUUAUUUCAAGAUCCUCAUUAAAUUAAUAAUUACCAAAGACAGUUACAGAAUCAGUGAAAGGAAAACUAAUAUCACAUUUGUAGUUAAAGAGCCAUAGGAUCAAGAUUAGGGAAGGAAAAACUUUGUUUGAAUGAAAACAUAGCUGAUAUCAAUCACCAAAAAGUGGCUUUUUGUGGGUUGAGUCCCUUUUCCUCAUGUCUCCAAUAUGAUUAAGGUUGAAUCUUUCAUUGAUUUCCCAUUAGAAACAUAUAGACAGGUUGGAGAUUUAUCACAAAUGGAAAUUAUUAAAAGAAAGUCUGACAGAUGAACAAAGAAAGAAUUCGGCUGUGCCUGUCACUGACAACUAGACUGUAAAAUCAGAAAAAAUGGGCCUGUGAACAUAAGCAGGUUCAGGACAAGUUAGGGAAACUAAAAUUAUAUCAGCUUUGGAGUAUCCUCACUAGUUGCAACACAUAGGUGUACAGUAUGAUACAAUGAAAUUUAAGCAACAAUUGUUCUGAGCAACUAUUUUGAUAAAGUAAUUCACAUUUAUGUUUUUUAGGAAAUAUUACUUAGACCAAAGAUGAUUCAAAAUUGAAAUCUGUAGGCUAAUCACUAAGGUUUCUUCAAUAUUAAUAUGUAAAAACCCUUUUGAUUGAUUUAAAAGUCAAAUUGGCCAAUCAUCUUGUGUGAUGACCUCAGUAUUUUUUUUUUAAGUAUCAACUUAAAAUAAGUAGAGUAAGUAGACAAGUUUAGUAAAAUUCUGUUGUUACUGUUUGGUUUGGACCUAAAAAUCUUGAUCUAUCUUAAAUCAGUGUGGCAGGGUCAGUGAGAAAUAUGGCAUAUCUCCCUAGAUCAGCAAUAUUUACUCCAUGUGAAGUAAAAAUAUUUUUAUAUUAAAACAUACCAAUGUACUGAGCAAUAUUUGCAUUAAUUUUUAGUGUAAAUCACAAGACUUCAAAGCAAUUUUAAUAUUGCACUAGGUCCUUUGUUCUCCUUACUGCAGAACACUGAAGAUUCUUUGGACACAAUUUUGGACGUUAAUGAUACUCUAUAUUAAAAAGAAAAAAAAAUCCUUUGUCUUAUGUCCUGGAAACACAAAUAGCACGAUGAAUUUUCGCUAAAAAAAUAAUUUUGUUUGAAUAUAUAUGGAACUUCAGGUGGGUACUGUUUUAAUGCAGUUUUAUAAUAGAUAUUUCUAGGUUCUUUGGAGUCCUUAUACAUAUUGAUUUCUUGUUCUACACAACUAGGUAUUGGUAAGGAAAGUGGGGUGAGGAUUUUGAUUUGUAAUCUACAUCUCCAUGCAUUCAUACUCAUUCUGACCUAUUUCUCUGCUAUCUAAUUAGAAGAGAUACUACUCUUUCCAAAACCUAACCUUUGGAUUCCUUUCCUCCUUUCUACAUAAAACUAAUUCAUCAAUAACAAUAAAAGUGACAAUGGCUAUCAUCUGUUGAAUGUUUUUUUAUGUUCUAGGCACUGUGCUAACCACUUCUGUAUACAUGAUUUCAUUAAACCCUCACAACCA